UGUGAUCACGAGCACAGAGGGAAUUAGCCUUAAUGAGUAAUAAAAUCCUCGGUGAGAGUAUGCUUCUUCAGCUCACACAUUUCUGAGCUACAGAUAUCCUAGGGAUGAAUAAGAGUUCUGGAGGGUCAAAAGAAGAGAAUGGAAAACACAUCCAUGGUGACUACAUUUAUAUUGACUGACUUUUAUAAAAUGGAGGACCUGAAGCAUUUGUACUUUGUUAUAUUCCUUGUUUUGUACAUCACGACUGUCAGUUUAAACUGUAGUCUUAUCGGGGUGAUUUACACUGAGAGUUCUCUGCACAGUCCAAUGUAUAUCUUUGUCUGCAACUUGGCCUGUAACGGGCUGUAUAUGUCCACCUUUUUUUUGCCAUCCCUCAUUAGUAAUUUAAUGUCACACUCUUACGAAGUCUCUUUGGCCUAUUGUCUUUCACAGAUAUUUUUUUUGCACACAAGUGGCUUGGUUGAAUUGAACGUUUUAGCAGUUAUGAGCUAUGACAGGUACGUAGCAAUUUGUUUCCCAUUAGAUUAUCACAACAGGAUGUCGCCUGCCAUAGCCUGGAAACUGAUUGCUCUUUCAUGGUGUUAUCCCUUCGUUGGCUUCGCUUUGUAUUUAAUACUCACAAUUAGACUCACGUUCUGCAGUAGACACAUACAGAAAAUAUACUGCGUCAAUUUUGUUCUGGUCAAACUUUCCUGUACUGAUACAUCCAUCAACAAUAUUGUUGGCCUAACAACAAUCUCUGUUUUCAUGGCUCCUCAAAUCAUUAUGAUAAUUUUCUCCUAUGCUCUUAUACUGUAUGUCUGUCUGCAUUCUUCCAAGAAUUCCAAGACAAAAGCUAUCAAGACGUGCACUCCACACAUAUUAGCAGUGCUGAACUUUUGUGUGGGAUGCUUUUUUGAAAUAAUCCAAAGUCGAUUCAAUUUGAGUUUUGUAAUCUUUGGAUUCCGCACAUUCAUGUCACUUUACUUUUUUAUUUUCCCUCCCGUCUUAAACCCUUUAAUUUAUGGAGUGAGCAUUCAAGCCAUAAGAGAAAGGUUAGUCAGAUUGUUCAAUCGUAUGAAAGGCAUAUCACCUAAUUGUAUCACAAAUAAGUAA